CCGGGCACAGCCACCGCUACCUCAGGGCCCUUGCGGGGAGCCGAGGGCGAGCUCCCUUCCCCUCCCUUCCCUUCCCUUCCCGUGCCGUGCCGUGCCGUGCCGUGCCGUGCCGGCCAGGCCCGCCCGGCGGCGCAUGCGGGCCGGGGAGGCGGGAACCGUCCCGAGAUGGCGGCGCGGCCGCCGGUGCCGCUGGGACGGUUCCUGCUGCUGCUGGCGCAGGAGCACCUGGAGUUCCGCCUGCCGGAAAUAACAUCUUUGCUCUCGCUCUAUGGUGGACAAUUUAGCGAUCAGCAGGAAAUUUGUGUAAAUUCUCCGUUUUGGAUUCUCAAUAUUCCUUCAGAAGAGAUGGCAAGGAGAAUAAUGAAACGGACAGUAUGUGCAAAGUCUAUAUUUGAACUGUGGGGUCAUGGCAGGUCUGCAGGGGAGCUCUAUGCAUCUUUGAAGAACUACCCAAUGGACAAGAUGCUUCCAUAUCUACAGCCUGACUCUACAUACAAAAUACGUAUUCAUACUUUUAAUAAAACACUGACCCAAGCACAGAAAAUAAAGAAGAUAGAUGCUCUUGAAUUUCUGCCAUUCAACGGAAAAGUAAAUUUAAAGAAUCCAGAACACGUCUUCUGGAUUUUGGAAGAUUAUGGAAUGGACCCUAAUAAUGUUCCAGAAGAGCCCUUUGAUCUGUAUUUUGGUAGAUGGAUUGCAGAUGGCCAAAGAGAACUCAUUGAGUCCUACAGUGUAAAAAAGAGACACUUUAUUGGAAAUACUAGCAUGGAUGCCUGCCUGUCUUUCAUUAUGGCAAAUCACGGAAGAGUGAAACCCAACGAUAUUGUAUAUGACCCCUUUGUUGGAACAGGUGGCCUCCUUAUCUCCUCGGCACACUUUGGAGCAUAUGUGUGUGGUACUGAUAUAGACUACAACACAAUCCAUGGAUUAGGCAAGGCAAGCAGAAAGAACCAGAAAUGGAGAGGACCAGAUGAAAAUAUCAGAGCUAAUCUCCGACAGUACGGUUUAGAGAAGUAUUACCUUGAUGCCCUAGUUUCUGAUUCUUCACGACCAGUAUGGCGAAAAGGGAUGCUGUUUGAUGCAAUCAUUACAGAUCCACCAUAUGGUAUCAGAGAAGCUACUCGCAGAACAGGUUCACAGAAGGAAUCAGUUAAGUCAGCUGAAAGAAGCACAGAAAAUCACAUCUUCAUUUCAUCGAACUAUCAUCUGAGCGAUAUCUUUUUUGACCUAUUGAAGUUUGCAGCAGAAUAUCUGGUGAUGGGAGGAAGAUUAGUUUACUGGCUGCCGAUAUACAGGCCUGAAUAUACAGAAGAGAUCAUUCCCCGCCACCCAUGCCUGAAACUUAUUAGCAACUGCGAGCAGAUGCUUUCCAGCCACACGUCAAGGCGCCUGAUAACCAUGGAAAAGGUGAAAGAAUACAAGGAUCAAGAUCAGAAUUCUUACUUGUUGGAUGAUCAAUACAUGCCGUACAGGGGACACAAUUCUUUUCGUGAGAAGUAUUUCAGUGGUGUGACAAAGAGAAUUGCCAAGGAAGAAAAAGACAACCAGAAGUAAAAUACAAUAUAAACAGAUUAAAAAAUGAGGAAAGAAUGAAGAUUGUGUUUCUUUGUAAGGACAUCUGGAUAUGAACAUUCAUUUGGAUGCUUCAGAAAAAUAAAUACUGCUUUUAAUUUUAAAGCAAGAUGAAGCCCACAACACAGGUUGAGAGCAGUUCUUUUUAAUUAGCUUUGUUUAUAGCAGAUUUUAUUGUACAAGUUUUUCUGAGUCUUAUUUAAUUUAUAUUUGUACUUUCAAGUUAUAAUGAUGAUUGACUAAAACCAUUAUUAUUGUUCUUCCACCAUUAACAUUUACAAAAAGUAGUAGUAUUACUUGGCUUCUUAAACUGUGAACAUCUGGCUGUUUUAGAAACACGUGGUGGUGAUCAAGGAUUGCUUAUUGUGAAGAUCAUUUUCUUUUUUUUUUCUAAAUGAUAUACAGUAAAACAGAAAAGUUUGUUGUGAGUUUUUAUUUUUAAUUGUUGUAUGCAGUAACUGUCCAUAUGUGUUCUGAUUUGCUCUGGCUGAGUCCAGCAGUGUUUAAAAAAAAAACAAAACAAAGAAACAGAUGUGUGCACACGCGUGUGCACACAGGCACACACGACUCUGUGACCUGACAAACUCUGGAGAGCCUAUUAAACCCUAUGAAGCCUGUCCACAUCUGAAGCUCAUCUGUACCUUGGAUUUGCUCUUGCAUUCCUAAACCUUGACUCUUGGUCAAGCCAACUGUCUGCAAUUUUUGGUUCAGAAACUGAUAGUUAAAGCAGUAACAACAGCAUAAAAUCAGUAAUGGUUCCCUAAUGGUAUUAAGCCUAAUCAAAUCUUUGAAAUUGAAGAUGUAGUUGUUAAAGGGAAAACUUUGCUGAAUCUGUACCAUGUCCGUCAUGAAAAUACCUCAUUUGAAAACCACUAAGCCCAUUAAUUCAGGAUGUUAAUGGUUCUUCUCGUUUUGGUGGUCAAAUAUGGCCAAAUACUCUUCAGCAGGGCCUUGGUGAAUGUAUCUGCUAGCUCCAGCCAGGGAAAGCCUCACUUCUUAAUUUGCUGCAAGCUACUGACUGUGGCCACAUUAUGAUCUUUGUAGAUUAUAAUCUUUAAGAGUCUCUCCAAAAACCCAGUCAUACCUAGGCAAGUAUGAAUCGUUGUGUAUCUGGUUGAGUUCAUUAAUUCAAUUUGCUCUUCUCUGUGUUGUGGUCCUCAGCUGCAACAGCGAGAGCUCAAAUAUUCGAUGACAACUUUUGUCUGACCUUCUGGAUCUAAUCUGUGGUGUUUUAGGUAGUUCUGAAAUAGCGAUUUAUUUUCUCUGUUUCCAUUAUAAAUCACUUUGUUUUGAGACUCUUAAUGUCAGCCAUCUAAGAAUUGUUCGGGGCUAAACUUGGAGCAAGAUCAAAGCUCAGAAAAUUUUUCAAAAGCAGAAUUUGAAUCGAUCACUUUCAAAUAUUACAUCAAAAAAUAACUGCUUCUGAAAAUCUGUCUUCAUGUAACUUCUGACUUCAAUUUUAGCAUUACAAUUUGGCAUUCAGUCUUUAUUACUUUACAAAUUAAAAUUACUUUCUGUUCUUCAGAGGCAAGGAAUUUUUGUAGAUGGAUUUAUUAUGCAUUUAUAACUUCACUUUUGUAAAAGUUACUCUACAUAGACAUGAUCUAAAUGGUUAUACAAGAUGUAAGGUAGUGGCAAAUUUGGCCCUGUCUAUUAAAAGAGAAUGAUUUAGUUUAUUUCUCCUCUUCUUGGUCCAAUUUUUAGUCUAUUCAGCAGUGGUGGUGCGGCCUCUGUUUAGCAGUUCAUACAUAACGGCUCUAUCGUUACUGAAGAAUACCCUUUUGAACAGAAGCUGGGAGUGUGUUUGGGGUACUACAUAAACACCCACUAAUCAAAAAGAGUUUAGAAUUGAAAUCAGAUGUUCCAGCUCUGCUGAUCCCCAACAUUAAAGCCAUCACUUGGAAAUAUUUCUGAUCCCUAAACUUCUCCUCAUUUAACGUGCGUGCUCCAGACAAUUGUGUGCGCAGGCUUGCCGAGCAGAGGCGUUUGUAGCUGCAGAGCCGUGACACAGCCCUCGCGCUGCCUCUAGCAGAGGACUGACAAGCGGGUGAGUUAUCCUUUCGACAGGACUUGGCCACCGGUGGCCGCGGUUCCUGGCGCGUUCCCUCGAUCAGGUUCCAUUCAGUCUCUCUCCGUGAAGUUCCAGCUUCUUGUCCCUGGCAGGGAGGGUCAGUUCGGGAGCCCGCGCUGAACUCAUUCCGUUGUCAUUCUCUCCUUUGGGGUGGUUUGGUGCCAUUUUCCAGUUUUGAAAAAUAAACGUUAUUUUUGGAGUGCCUUGUUGUGCUGGAGCAAAUUGGAGGGAGGGAAGAGCUGAAAGCGGCUGCAAGGUCAUACGGGGAGAGGCCCUCUCUUGCUGUAGGAAGCGUUUUGUUGAGUCAACAAAGGGAAAGGGUCCCUGUCUCUUCACAGAAUCCCAUUGCUUGGAGGUGGUGUUUCUGGCUGCAAAGCCUCCCAUGUAUCUACAGGAAAAGUAGCAGAAAAGCAGUGGAAGUAGAUUUCGUCUACGUUAAUUCUGUGCCCUGCCUGCUUAUCUCUCUCUAAUAUUUUUUUGUCAAUUACUGGCCAAUUUGAACAGGUUUGACAGAAGAUCAAGGUUUAAUGGGGUCUUGCAGAUAAGAAGAAUCUACUUUUUUUUUUUUUUUUUUUUUAAUGAGCAGAAGCGUUGAAGAAAAAGACCUAGUUAAUUAUCUCUUCCAAGAAGAAAGGCUGAAAUAAGAGUUCAGCUCUCGUUCAACAUCAGAGAACUUGCAUGGUAACAAGAUCUUGAGACAAGAAUGCCAACAACCAUUUUUGUUCCUGCUGCCACAAACAGUGCUGAUCCUGCUGCUACUUGAACGUCUCUUUAAAACUAAAAGACCCAAAUAAAAGCAUGCAAAGAACUUUUUUUUGGAGGAACGUGAAGGCCUACUCAUGCUAUGACAUGACACCACCUCGCAAAGGCUGAGACUCAGUGGUUUCCUAUCAUCGCUCUGAUGAAAGGAGUCAAGCAGAUGUACCAGCUUGCUGAACAUCUCAGGGAAAGAGCAGUCCUCCCUUUAAACCAGCCUAAGAAACCCGUGUCUGUUGUUAGGACAUCUAGAGCUCGGUCUCCGCUAGCAGAGCAAGCCUCUUGUUUCCACAGGAUGUGCACUGGGCGUUGUGCUGGUACCACGCACUACAGCAACUUCCACUCGCUGGGUAGGGGCACUUGAGCUCUUGAAGGCAGCUUUUGGUGGAGCCUUCCUUCCUCUUUACUUUUUCAACAGGGCAGGUAGGCUGUGUAGUCCUUAAUUGUUUGGCCUCUCUUCUCCUUUUUCCACUAGCCUCAUGUGCAGUAUUUUAGCUCAGAGCUGUGACUUACAAGAGGGUCAUUUGUACCCGUACAUGUGGAAGUUGGCAGAAGGCAGCCAAAUUUUUCUGAGUUCUCAGUCAAGGCUCACCUGUCCAAAAAUACUGAAAAACACUGCUAAGAAGAUAGGCUUUCUCUCAGGCUGUACUGAUACACCAGUUAACUGCAGAGCUGUUAACAGGCUGAAGCACCGUAAUAAUUCUGAAUCUUCUCUUCCAUCAGUACUUUUUAAGGUCUCUUUGUUAAUGGUUACUUCCACCAUCCCCAGAAGAGCUUCACAGCCUCUGGGCCACCAUCCAGAGAAGGUGACCCUGUGACUUCGCACUGUCCUCCGGCCACCAGUCUUCCAGAGACGAAGAUGUCCUCUGGGAGAGGGCAAGACUGGAGCAGAUGACCCGCAGGGGUUACCAGUUUCCCUGUCAGAGCGCAAGCAGCUCUGGGGUUAGCUGCUGGGAGACUGAUAAAGGCUCCAAAAAGCAAAGGCUGGCUCAGCUCCCGUCACCACCACGUUUCUCUUUUCUGACUCUUCUUUCCACCCCUUCACUGAAGCUGAGAAGAAAACUUAAAAACAUUCUUUCUUUGCUGUUUAGUUUGGUCUGCAGUCUAAACUGAGGUCCAGAGUUGAACAAGGCUGUCUUUUCAGUUUGGAAAUUCCUUCCUCGCUCCUAAAAAGAACAGAGUUUUGGGUAAUCAGGAGAAGGAAGGGGCCAGUAUCCCUUUCUCUUUUGUCUGCUAUUUGGAAAAAAUAUUUUUUUAACCGCAUUUGCAUAUGCUGCUGAUUUUGGUCAUCGCAUCAUUUAAAACAACUAAAUGUAUAUCACCUGCCUCUAUGCUGCCCUUUUAAAUAUAUUUCUCUGGUGUUCUUUUGUUGGCUUCUUGGAUUGUAAAAAUCUCUGUUUAUGUAUGUAUGCUCACAACCAUUUUCAUUAUGGGUGUCUAUCAUUGUUGCUGCUAUUCUGUACAGUCUCUAAUCAGUUACAGCUUUCCUGAGCCUACGGAUGUGGAGGAUACCUCUCAAAAGAGACGUCAGCUCUCUUUCAGCUAAAAAGUCUAAUCAAACUCAAGGUCCUGGAGAAAUGACAAGCUGCCUGGCUAGACUAACGGUAUUGGACCUCAAGACAAGUUUGCCACGUUAGAUCUUUUUAAAUUCUUAUAUGUCAAUUAAAAUGAGGUAAGCAGCCAAAAAAUAAAAUCUAUUGAUGGUAGAUCUUAUUGUCUUCAUUGCCACUGUUGUGAUUUUAGGUAUGUCUCAGUAAGAUGCCUGGGAGAUACAUUACAGAUUUCUGACAAACCGCAGCAGACUUAGGCACAGGAGGCUUCCCGCAUGUCAGGUUUGACAAGGAGUAUUUUCAGUACAAAUGGUUAGGAACAGGACAUUUUGUUUUAUUUAAAAUUCCACAAAAGUUGUUUUUUUAAUUCAGUUUUGGGGUGCGGGAUGAAGAGAUUAUUUUGUACAAGGAAACAAUGAUUGCCAAUAAUCAUCUAGGAAUCUAAUUGAAAAUGUCUGUUGCAUUAAAUAAAAUGGUUAAAAUAAACAAUCUUCCCUUCUAAUGAUAUCAAAGCAGUGUUAUAUUUUUAAUUUUAAUUCUUUCUUUUCUGGUUUAAUUCUUUCCAAAACUAAGUUUUGUUUAAAAUAUUUUUUCAAGCUUUUAUUUCAAUGCAAAUGUCAUUUACUGUAUAAAAUUUGAAUUUAAAAUUUGUUGUUCAUGGAUUCAUUCUAAUAAAUUUAAUAACUAAUACAGUGCAAAAUAGCCAGUCAUGUUACUGUAUGUUAUGGGAUUAUUAAUAAAUUCUAAAUAAACAGAUAACUCUU